UGAUGGCUCAUUGCGGUGGCUCGAUUCAAGAAAUUCGGUCGAUAAUUGUAACGGACGACCAUUUGAAAGUAUAUAUAUAGUUUGGAUCGUAAAUAGUGCAACAGAAAUGGCUAAACUUUGGGUGGCUAUAUCGCUACUCUUAGGAGUUCUUGCCGCCGGCGAAAAUUUGGAUACCGAAACGAUCAAUCCAGAAGCCGCAAAGAUCGAACCCAAGAUCGUGGGAGGUAGUGCGAUAUCCAUAGAUCAGAUUCCCUACCAGGUGUCCAUUCGUCUGACCGCCAACGAUAAGAAGAGCUAUGGAUCCGGUCAUUUGUGCGGCGGAGUGGUCAUUUCCCAGCGUUUGGUGGCCACCGCCGCCCACUGUUGUUAUAACACGAAAACAAACAAAUAUCGAACGGCUGGCGAAUACGUCCUGGUCAUGGGCAGUUCAUAUUUGAGAAGCUCCACCAAUCUUACAUUGGAGUACUACCUGCAGCAACUGAUCGCCCAUGAGAACUACGAUGCGACCUCGCUGACCAACGACAUUGCGCUGAUGUUCAUCAACGGAUAUAUUCCCUGGGGAUGGCCAACAGUGAAGGCUUUGGCUCUAAGCAGCCAAGUUGUGGCCACAGGCACCGAUUGCCUGAUCUCUGGUUGGGGUUUGCUCCAGCAGAGCGCAACAUCCAGCAGCAAUAGUCUGCAGGCGGCCACGGUGCCCAUAAUCUCGCAGACCACCUGCCAGAUUUCAUACGGACCAAUUCCGAGUUCCCAGGUGUGUGCUGGGUAUUGGACCGGAGGUACUGAUGCCUGCCAGGGCGACUCCGGUGGACCCCUGAGAUGCAACGGACAGUUGGCCGGACUCGUUUCCUACGGCUCCGGAUGCGCAGUGGCCGGGUUUCCGGGUGUCUACACCAAUGUCUCGUUUUACAACGGAUGGAUCGUUCAGCAGAACAAUUCGCUGAACUACUCGAUUUAUCACAGCGGUGGAAUACGUCUGGGAUCGAGGUGGUCCCUCCUCGGAUGCCUUGCUCUAAUCCUGGCCUUCAUCCUGGAUCACAGAAUCUAUUUGAGGGGUGUUACCGCCCCCGAUGGAUCACCAAUGGACGUGCCUGUGGAUGCUGGUGUCACCACAGCCUUGUCCUUCGUGAUCCUGCCGAAGGUGGUGGGCGGCUACUCGGUGACCAUUGACCAGGUGCCCUUCCAAGUGUCCGUGAGGAAGCGAUCGAUCCACGAGCGGCACUACGGGAUGGGUCACGUGUGCGGCGGAGCGGUCAUCUCCCAGCGGGUCAUCUGCUCGGCGGCCCACUGCUACGCCAUAAAUACCUCGAUAGCGUUGCACUAUCGUGAUCCGGAGCUUUAUGUGGUCGUAGGCGGCAGCAGCUCCAUCGAUCGGGCGGAUAGAUUCACCCAGGAAUACCUGGUGCAGCGGAUCAUCGGCCACGAGCGGUACAACAGCACAACGCUGGAGAACGACAUCGCCCUGCUCUUCCUCAACGGCUUCAUCCCGUGGAGUUCGCGUGCGGUGAAGGCUAUUCCGUUGGCCAUCGAAGCGCCCGAAGAGGGCACCACCUGCCUCAUCCACGGCUGGGGAAAAGUCUCUGGGAAGGACAAAUCGGCUUCGCUGCAGCAGGCACCAGUACCGAUCCUGAGCAGAGAGCUGUGCCAGGUGAUCUACAAGUUGCCCACGUCCCAGAUGUGCGCCGGAUUUCUGCAGGGCGGUAUCGACGCCUGCCAAGGAGACUCCGGCGGACCGCUGAUCUGCGCCGGACAUCUGGCCGGGAUAAUAUCGUGGGGAGUGGGCUGUGCGGAUCCCGGCUAUCCGGGUGUUUAUACCAAUGUCUCGAACUUUUUGGAGUGGAUUCGGGCUGCCAACAACUCGCUGGACUACUCAGAAUAUCGGCAAAUGUCGCCGCUAAAUCUGGCCAGCCGCCGAUGUGCCGUGCGACAGACUGCCUUGGGUUCGCAGGCCAUUCGACCGAGAUUCAGCGUGGAUCCCGGCAGGAUUAUCAAUGGAACGGAGGCUACUUUGGGGGCCACCAGGCACCAGGUGGGCAUCCGCAAGGCCCUCAACGAUGGAUACUUUUUUGGGACAGGACACCUCUGCGGCGGAUCACUGAUUCGACCGGGAUGGGUUCUCACCGCCGCUCAUUGUUUUGUCGAUCAGGUAAUAUACGACGGCACCUUCGUGCCCAAGGAGGAGUUCAUCGUGGUGAUGGGCAACCUGGACCGCUACAAUCGCACCAACACGCUGACCUUCACGAUCGAACAGCGGAUAAUGCAGCUGGACAAGUUCGUCCUGUCCACCUACGACAAGGACAUCGCUCUGCUGCAGCUGAAUGAAACGGUGCCCACGGGUCACCCGACCAUUCGUCCCAUCGCCCUCAAUCGCUUUCCCGUUGCGGAGGGCGUCGUCUGCCAGGUGACGGGAUGGGGCGAUCGGGAGGAUGGCUUCAUCUCCGAUAUCCUGAUGACGGUCGAUGUGCCGAUGAUUAGUGAGCAGCACUGCAUCGACGACACCGAUCUGGGGCAUCUGAUUGGACCGGGAAUGAUCUGCGCCGGCUAUCUGGAGGUGGGUGAGAAGGACGCCUGCUCCGGCGAUUCCGGUGGACCAUUGGUCUGCCAAAGUCAGCUGGCCGGCAUUGUUUCCUGGGGCAUUCAAUGCGCUCUGCCAAGAUUACCGGGUGUCUACACGGAGGUGUCCUAUUACUACGACUGGAUAGUGGAGAACUUGGGCGAGGAUUCGAGUGGUGAUGGAAGUGGUGACGGAAGCGGUGAUAUAAGCGGCGAUGGAAGUGGAGACGGAAGUGGAAAUGGCAGCGGAAAUGGCAGCGGUGAUGGUGAUGACGAUAUUGAUGACAGUGGAAGUGGAGAUGGAGGUAAUGGCGCCACGGCCGCCAUGGUCGGAACUCUGACCCUUCUCCUGCCCGGAUUCCUCGCCCUGAGGCUAAUGACUAGUCAGUUCUGAUAGCUGCAAUAAAACUGUAUUAUCUAAGGACUAAAA